CCUCCUUUGGAUCAUACAUAACACAAAUUUUCAACUCUUUCAAACAUUGAUUUUUGACGAAAGAUCAAUUCAAUCAACACCCAAAGUAUGAGAGUUGCUUUUUUGUUAACCAUUUUCCUUUUAUCCAUUGGUGCUUGGGCACCUUUGUGUUCUUGUGCUACUACCGUUCUUGAAUGCCUUAACGAUCGUUCAGACCCCUCUCAUUCAAUCUCCCCGGUUAUAUACACCCCCAACAACGGUUCAUUUUCUUCGGUUUUACAAGAAUACAUUCGGAAUUUGAGAUUCAAUGAAUCGUAUACAAAAAAACCACUUUUCAUUGUGACUGCUACACAUUUGUCCCACAUCCAAGCAUCCAUACUUUGUGCCAAGGAGCAUGGCCUCCAAAUGAAAGCCCGAAGUGGCGGUCAUGACUACGAGGGUGUAUCGUAUGUCUCUGACAUGCCGUUCUUCAUACUCGACAUGUUUAACUUUAGGUCAGUCAAUGUUAGCAUUGAGGACGAGACUGCAUGGGUUGAAGCUGGAGCUACCUUAGGGGAAGUUUACUAUGGAAUUGCCAAUAAGAGCAACGUGCAUGGGUUCCCUGCGGGUGUGUGUCCGACUGUGGGAGUGGGAGGCCAUAUUAGUGGUGCUGGAUAUGGAACCAUGAUGAGAAAAUACGGCCUCACCGUGGAUAAUGUCAUCGACGCCAAGUUGAUUGACGUAAACGGUCGUCUACUCGACCGCAAAUCUAUGGGGGAGGACUUGUUCUGGGCGAUCACGGGAGGCGGCGCCUCUAGCUUCGGAGUUGUCUUAUCUUACAAAAUAAACCUAGUACGGGUCCCACCUAAGGUGACGGUUUUCAGUGUCAGAAGAACCUACGACCAAAACGCUACCAACAUCGUUUACCGCCACCAGCGCGUUGCCCACAAGUUAGACCCCAACCUCUUCAUCCGGCUAACACUCGACGUCGUGAAUAGCACCACACGGCCGGGACAAAAAACCAUACGUGCCACCUUCAACGCCCUAUUCCUCGGAGACUCCAAAACCCUCCUCUCGACCAUGAAUGAAAGCUUCCCAGAGCUAGGGCUAACCCAGAGUGACUGCACAGAAAUGAGAUGGAUUGAAUCCGUACUCUUCUACACCGGUUUCCCAUCCGGAACCCCCGUGGAAGAAUUGCUCUCUAGGGUUCCACAAGUCCUAGUCCACUUGAAGAGAAAAUCAGAUUAUCUCCAAACCCCAAUGCCCAGAAACGGCAUAGAGUUCAUCUUCAAGAAAAUGGUGGAGCUUGAAACACCCAUGCUCACAUUCAACCCCUACGGCGGGAGAAUGGCGGAGAUUCCCUCCGCCGCAAAACCCUUCCCCCACCGUGCUGGAAACAUCGCCAAGAUUCAAUACGCAACCAACUGGAACGAGGAUGGGUACGAGGCAUCACAACACUACUUAGAAAUAACAAGACAGCUUUACGAAUAUAUGACUCCAUUUGUUUCGAAGAAUCCUAGGAAAGCGUUCUUGAACUACAGAGACUUGGAUUUGGGGAUAAAUCACAACAAGGGUUCGCGAAGAAGCUACUUUGAAGGGAAAACAUAUGGGUUGAAGUAUUUCAAGGAGAAUUACAAUAGGUUGGUGAAGAUAAAGAGCAAGAUUGAUCCAGAUAACUUCUUUAGGAAUGAACAAAGCAUCCCUACGUUCCCGACUUGGAGGAAAUGAAACUACGUUACUUAGCCUAUAUAUGUCUCUCCUUAGCUCCACAAUAAAUGUUAAAAUUAAUUUCAUUCUGUUAGUUAUGUACUAAUAAAUCUUUGUAU